AUUUUUUUUCUCUAUUGCUAUUUGCUUUUCCACAAUCUCUCCAUCUAUCUCUCCUUCUUCGCAAAAGAAAAAUUUUGCCCUUUUUCAUCAUAGGGUCUAACUCUGUAAUCUGUAAUAUAUGGAAAAAAAUAAUAAAAUAAACUGUAAUUUUCCCAGAUAUCGUCUUCAUUACUCAAAGUUUUUCCACUGCCACCGUAUACCAUUCAACAUCUUAGCCAAUAGAUUUGUAUGUUAUCUAAUCUAAUACUAGUACUAUAUAUCAAAUAAGCUUUUUUUGGGUUAUUUUUUUAAAUAAAGAUUAAAUAUUUAAGUAUAAUUAUACAGAUAGGGUUGCCAUGCUUUUGAAUGUGUGCCUCAAGUAACAGCUGUGAAGGCCGUUUCUUUCCUUUUGCUUUAGUAGUCAAGACCUCCAAAACAAAGGUGUGGGAGGCCUUAAGCUUUAGAGAAGAAAGAAAGGAAAGAACCCAAAAAAUACAGACAACUGGGUAGUAUUUUUUUUUCCUUUGACAUAUCUUUGCUUCCCUUUCUCUCUCUUAAACCGCCUAGCUACAUGCGCUACUUAAAUUGGCAAAGGCUUUAAAGUUGGUGAGUAGGUUAGGAAGGGCAACUUUUCCUUUUUCUCACUUGGGUCUUCGGUUAAAGUAAGCGAGGGAAUUCUGGUGUUUUCCAAAUGGUUAAAGCAGGUUUAUAGCUCAAUCCCACUGUCACAGUUUUCUCUUUUCAUCUCUCUCUCUUCUUCUUCUUCAGUACUUCUUCCUUGUGGGAAAACAAACAUAUCUUCUUUUGGAGCAUAUUUCUCAUCUGGGUCUUGCAUAAAUUUCCUCUUUUUGGAUUGGUUUGGGUAAUAGUUUCAUACAAAGAUAGCACCUUUUGUUGAUAUUAAACGUGUGUACUUAUAUAUGUGCAUAGAGUUAAAAUUCAAAAGCUUUUUUUUUUUUUUUUUGGGUUCUUGUUCUCCCGUUCCCUGAGUUAAUUUAGAGGUUUUGAUAUAUUCUUCUUCUUCCUCCUUUUCGAUGCGUUCUUUUGAUAUUGUUAACAUAAGGUCAGAAGUUAUAAAAAUCACAUAGUUUCAAUCAUUUAGGAACUAGUACUUAUUUAUCAAACCGAUCAGUUUAUUUUCUUCGUCUUUUGUUUUUCUAGUUCAAGGAAUAUCAGAUCUCAAACAGGCUUAUGGUUUCUGUUAUAUAGAGAAGCUAACUGGGAUAUGAGUAAUUGGCUGCUAGAUAAAGUGGAUUAUUUCAUACAAAGAGAAAGAAGAUAGCAUCUGCCACAUCAAAGAAAAAGGGAAAAGAAGCAAUGAAUAAGAGUAAUCUGGGCUCCGUCAGCAGCUCUGAUCUCAUCGAUGCAAAGCUUGAAGAGCAUCAGCUAUGUGGAUCCAAGCAGUGCCCUGGUUGCGGACACAAGCUUGAAGGAAAGCCGGACUGGUUAGGUCUACCAGCUGGAGUGAAAUUUGAUCCGACAGAUCAAGAACUGAUAGAACACCUUGAAGCAAAAGUAGUAGCUAAAGACAUGAAGUCUCACCCUUUGAUAGAUGAGUUCAUUCCUACUAUUGAAGGAGAAGAUGGGAUUUGUUAUACCCAUCCUGAGAAACUCCCAGGAGUAACCAGAGAUGGGUUGAGCAGGCAUUUCUUCCACAGACCAUCAAAGGCCUACACAACUGGGACAAGAAAAAGAAGGAAAAUACAAACCGAAUGUGACUUACAAGGUGGAGAAACAAGAUGGCAUAAGACAGGCAAGACAAGGCCAGUCAUGGUCAAUGGCAAACAAAAAGGGUGCAAGAAAAUCCUAGUUCUUUACACAAAUUUUGGCAAGAAUCGAAAACCCGAAAAAACCAAUUGGGUCAUGCACCAAUAUCAUCUUGGUCAGCACGAGGAAGAGAAAGAAGGAGAGCUUGUGGUGUCAAAGAUAUUUUAUCAGACUCAACCAAGGCAGUGCAACUGGUCUGAUCGAAGUGCAACAACUGUUGAAGGAAGCAAUGUCGACCCUAAUAGCAGAAGAGAUAGUGGCAGUGGAAGUUGUUCUUCAAAGGAACAAGUAAUCCCUCUUAGAGAUGAAAUAUCUGGGGCUGGGGUUGCUGCUGCUUUAUCAAGCUAUGCCGGUGCCAUUGAUAUCCAACAAUUAAAAUCUGAUCAUUUCAGUUUCACCCCAUUUCGGAAAAGCUUCGACGAGGUGGGGAUAGGAGAAGCUUCAGAGGCAAGCGAAGCCCCAGCUCAAGGCACGUGCGAAGAGAUACCGGAGCAUCAUCCACAGCCACAUCAUAUGGCCCAUGAUCAUCACCAUCACGAUCACCAUCAUCAUCAUCAUCAUCAGCAGCAGCAACAACAGCAGCAUCCCACACAUCAUCAGAUUGCUACUACAGCAUUUCACAUUAGCAGGCCUUCACAUUCCAUUUCCACCAUCAUCUCUCCACCUCCCCUCCACCACACCUCCAUCAUCCUUGAUGAGGACUCCUUUCAUGUCUCCAGAAUAAUGCUUCAAAAUGAAAGUUUCCAGCAGCAACAACAACAGCAACAGCAACAUCAUAAACUGCAAGGAAGGUCUGCAUCAGGUUUGGAAGAACUAAUAAUGGGUUGCACUUCAACUGAUACAAAAGAAGAGUCAUCCAUCACAAACCCACAAGAGGCUGAAUGGUUGAAGUAUUCCUCCUUCUGGCCUGACCCUGACAACCAGGAUCAUCAUGGGUAGAAGCAAAAAGUUUAGACAAACAAAGGAAACCUUACAAGACAUCAUUAUUAUCAUCAUCAUUACUACUUUAAACCUAGCUCUGGUGAAGUUCUUUUCAAGGGAGAGAGGCCAAGAAACCAUCUACUACUAUAGUUUGCUCUUUUUCUUUCUUUUCUAAUUAAUGUGGGAAGGGGAACUGGUUUAUGACUCUCAAAUUCUCUCAAGUCUCAACUGAACUAACCGUACAACAGUCCAUGUUGGAAAGAAAGAGAAAGAACAAAAGCAAAAAUAAGAAAGAAAGAAGGAAAGAAAAAUAAAGAAAAGAAAAGAAACCAGGAAAAAGGCUGCUCUCUACUGACAAAUAGAAGGAGAACCAAAGACCCAAAGCAAAAUCCAGUCCUGCAUGAAAAUCAUCACCAUUAUGAUUACAAUAUCAUCUUUAUGGCUAUUCUUUUUAUUUUAUUAUUUCGAGGCUCUUGUAUAAUUUAUUUUCUUUGUUCUUUACGAAGAAAAAUACAAAGAGUUUGUGCAAAUUGCAACAAAUACUUUGUUAAUUGUGUUGUUGUUAGUCACCUUUUCUAGUAAAAUAUGUAUGGAUUAGGGGGCUCACGAUUUUCCUUUAUAUAUAGAAAUGAAAAUAUUGGUUA